UUUUGUACCAGCGCUGUCAUUUUGGAAAUCGUGAUAUCUGCGUUCGUCCCUCGUUCAUAUAUUUUAUACCCCUAGUUUAUAGUUUUUGUGUGUCCUUAGAUAAGGAGAAAUUGCACGACAAUGGAGAUUGGAACGGAGAUAAGUCACAAAAUACGGUCUGCUAUAAAGGCCAAGCUGGUGGACCUGGGGGCCUAUGUGGAUGAUGAACUGCCAGACUAUAUCAUGGUUAUGGUGGCUAAUAAGAAAACCAAAGAACAGAUGGCAGAUGAUCUCAGUUUAUUUUUGGGAAACAACACGGAGAAAUUUACAUCAUGGCUUCACAGUUUACUGACCAAAUUGAAGGCCAUCACCAGUGGAAACUCUGCAGACACUAGAAUGGAAGAUUUGAUAAAAGAUGAGCAACCCAAAGCCGAGCCAGUAAUUGUACAUGAAGAUGCUAUCCAAGACAGAACAAAAUCACAGACAGGAGUCAGCCAGACCAAGAAAACAACAGAAAUCAAUGAUGCUUUGAAAGAAAAGGAAAAACAAAAGAAAGAGAAAAGUGUCACAUCCAACAAAUCUGCAGCUCAUAAAGAUCAAAAGCUGGAAGAGCCUGCAACUGAUAUAGUAGAGGUCACAAUAAAAGAUGAUGAAUUUCGGGAAGAAGAGCCCAAAGACAGUUUGCAUAAAUCAACUCAAGAUAAAAAACAGACCAAAGUGUCUUCAAAAGUUUUGCCUACUGUUCAGAAGGCAGCCCCAGUGAGGUCUGUUACCUCUGUGGCACCAGCUAAAGUAUCUGCCAAAUCUGGAGCAUCCAGCAGAUACACUCCAAAAACAUCAAAGGUCCGCCCUGUUGUUCAUGCUCAGAGGCGUUCAGUGGUAGGAACAGUGGUGCAUCACAGUGAGGAGGAGGAGGACGAGGAGGAGUAUGAUCCUCACAACCCAGCAGUGGGCAGUGUGGCCAGUGUCAUCAGGGUCACUGAGAGAAAGUCCAGUGUUCCAAAAUCUCUGCAAGCCAACAAGAGUCUUCUACUGAAGGCAAUGACCGAAGCAGAGACAUCAGUAACUAGCAAGAAGGCUGCACUUCGCAAGCCUUCCAUUAAACCUCAGUACUUGGAACCUUUUGAAGAUGCCAGAUCUUUGCUGACAAGAACGGUACAUCAGUCAGAGGAAACUAGGAAAACAAGUCAUGCUCUAGUAAGGCCUGUGCAGAGAAGUAGAGGGAUGCAGCUGUAUUCAAAGACCAGGCGAGAGGAACUGCUGCAGAGACUGGGAGCUAGUGCAUCCUCAGAAGAGGACCAAGAAAAAGAAGUGGAAUUUGAAGUAUACCCCGAGAUGGACAGCAGAAUCAUAAAAACUUACCAGCCAACCCGUGUGCAUUUGCCAGUAGAUUAUAGCUCAGACAUACUCAACCUAAACGACAGUGAAGACAACAGUGAUGUAGAUAGGAUUGGAGAAAGUGAUAGCAUUGACAGGAUACCUGAUAACAGAAAGAUCAUCAACAGUCCCAGGAGUGCUGGUAUGACCAGUCCAAAGUUUGUGGUCACUCUUGAUGGUGUAAACCCCUCUGACCUGAGACACCGGAGAAGAGGGUCGUACAGCGACGAGGAGGACAUGGACAGUAAUGAGGGAGGAGAGGUGAUAAUUGUGGAGGACUCUGCCACCAAGAAUCUGACUUCAAGAAAAAGACCUCCAGUCCAGGGACUGUCAAUAAACCUAGCAGCAGAUUCUGAUGAGGAUGCAGUGGAGGAGCAAGAGAACAACACAUCACCAAGGAAAAAAAUGAAGCCAGCUGAGAGGUGUAAAUUUUGGCCUACAUGCAAAAAUGGUGAAAGUUGUCAAUAUCAUCACCCAAAAACACAGUGCAAAACAUUCCCUAAGUGCAAAUAUGGAGACAAGUGUUUAUUUGUGCAUCCCAACUGCAAGUUUGAUGCCAACUGUAGCAGGAGUGAUUGUCCAUUUACACAUGCAAGCAAGCGAAGCCCAGUAAUACCCACUGUACAGCAGGUGGUUAUAGCCCCGCCUAAGUUUUUAUUUCCUACAUCACAUGCCAGUAUCCCCCCAGUGCCAAAAGGUCCCAAACAGAUCACCUGCAAAUACAUCCCAAACUGCACAAAUGUUAACUGUGUUUUCAGUCACCCAAAGCCAUGUCGCUUUGGCAUCAGUUGUAACAACAAAUCUCAGUGUGCGUUUACACACCCCUCUCUGCCCACUCAAGAUAAACUGAAGUGGAAGGCUGGCACAUAAAGUGUGUGAUGUAUGACAAAAACAAAGUUCAAGUUGGUGGACUGAAGAACAAUUGUUCUAAGACAUGAAGCCAUGAUGGUUGAAUCUCGACAAAAAAAUUAGCAAGUGUAACAGCGAAGGAAACAUUUACCACAACAUGAUUGUGGUUGUGAAAGAUUCAAACUAGUCAGUGGGUGUGUUUCUAACAUGAAGAUGAAGAGUUGGCGUCAUUUACUAUUCAGCCAUUGAGUGUCUACAUUUAUGGAACUUUUGUAUGCGUGCAUUGUUAGAAGUUAAAAAUGCACUGCUAUUUAUGUCAGGGACUCUUUUCAGGACUUUUCAUUUAUGGCAGAAAUAAUCUUUUUAUGAUUGAUAGUAUUUUAAAUACUGUAAGAGAUUUGAAAAAUAAGUAUCAAGCACAUAUCCCAUCAAGACAUACUAUUAUUCCACAUUUAAAGUGAAAUAAGAAGAGGAUUCGUAAUAAAGAAAAAUAAAAUGCAAUUUGCAGGACUUUUCAUAGUUUAUCUUACCAAAUAAAAUGCUACAAGAAUGAUUAAAAUAUUUU